AUGAUGGCUGACUUUGAGGUGGCAAUGGAAUCCAUACAUUUCCUGUCUGAAGAUGCAUAUGUGUAUCUAGAUAAAAUUCCUGCUAAGCAUUGGUCUAGGCAUGCUUUUUCUAGUGAUUGCAAAUCAAAUAUGUUGUUGAAUAAUGUCUGUGAGACAUUCAAUGCUGUUAUAAGAGAUGCAAGGGAUAAGCCAAUACUCACUCAAAUGGAGUGGAUGAGAAGGUAUAUGAUGAAGAGGCACAAUGAGAAAUGGGUGGCAGCUAAUAAGAUGGAUGGGAAGCUCAUACCAUAUGUGACUAAUCUGUUUGAGAGGAUUGAGAGGGCUACAAGGCACUGUAUAGUGCAGAUUUCAAGGGGAAACUCCUAUGAGGUUGAGCUCAAUGGUGAUACAGUUCUGGUUGACUUAGGUAACAUGACUUGCACAUGUUACCAUUGGCAGUUGACUGGUAUUCCAUGUGUGUAUGGAUAUGCAUGCAUUUUGGACAAGAGGGUGGACCCAGAAGACUAUGUGGAUGGGUAUUACACAAGGCAGAAAUAUUUGUAUGCAUAUGAGGAACCUGUGAAGCCUAUGCUUGGACCCAAGCAUUGGGAGAAGCAGCAUCAUCUAAGACAGCCCCUGCCUCCACCAGUAAGGGUUAUGCCUGGUAGGCCUAAGUAA